AUGAAAACGCACGCGCCGAUAAAACAGACGCAAAAGGCGCGCGGCCGCGGCUCGACGCUCGCGCGCGCGAACGCCGUCGCCGCGCGCGCGCGCUUUCUCCGCAACCGCGAGAUCCCUCCCUCCGCCUCCGUCCGCGCGUUCCGUCUCGCCGCGCCGUUUCGUUCGCCCGCGUCGUUCAUUCGCCUGACAUCUCGUCUCGCCCUCUCCCCGUCGCGCCGUCGUCGCCGUCGCCCGCAGCCCCCCGCGCGCGCGUCCGCGGGCGCUCGCGCGGCGUUGACCCCCGUCGCGAUCUCGCCGCUGUUCACCGUGGACGGGAGCGAGCUCGCGCGCGCGCGCGGUCCGAUCGAUCGUCCGGCGGCGACGCGCCGCCCGCCAACGACGAAGCACGGCGGACGCCGCCGCGUCGCGGCGGCCGCGACGCCGCCGCCGGACGCGUCCACGUCGUCCGUCUGCGCGGACAAGGAGACGCGCGCGCGGCGGCACGACCUCAUGCGCGACGUCGCGAAGCGCCGCGUGCGCGGCGGCGACGGCGGCGACGACGACGCGAACGCGAACGCGUGCUCGGUCGCGACGGUCACCGUGCUCCGCGUGGACGCGCGCGUUCCGUUCGGCGCGGGGAAGAAGCGGGGCGACGGACCGCCGCGUCCGAUCGCGGAGGAUCGCGCGCGUGCGACGGUUGACGUUCCAUCUUCCAUUCUUCCGUUAUACCGCGCCGAGCCGCAGCGGCGACCGAACGCGGUGACGCCCGCGUUUAACCCCGGGAAGAUUCAGCCGCCGUCGACGCGACGCGACGCGUUCGCGACGCGGCCGACGCGCGCCGCCGCCGCCGCCGCCGCUCGCGGAAGGACCUCGACCGCAUCAUCAUCUGUGCUUCCUCCCGUCGACGACCUUCACAUCGGCGGCGAGCGCGCCGCGGCGGUUGAGGCGACCGAGAGAGGCGCGGCGGCGACGACGACGCGCGCCAAAAACGCCAUCAGGUACGUUCUAUCUCACACUGGUUCCCAUACGACCGCGUCGGCGUGGUGA